AUGGGUGAUAUUGUCAAAGCUGGCUGGUUACAUCGUCAAACAAAAAUAUUAAAAAAUUGGAAAAAACAAUGGUUUACACUUAGUAAUGACGGUCGACUACGAUAUUUCGAUAGUCCAGAUAAACAAUUUGAUGUGGCUGAUGAUGUAUUUUUUUUGAAUAAAUGCAAAGAAAUAAAAGCGGGUGGACAAAUUGAUCCAAGUUUGAAGAUUCCAUUAGAGUUUUCUACUCAGCAAGUAUUUCAAAUAAUAAGUAAUGAUAAUAGUGUAUGGACAUUAAUUGCGGAAAGCGAAGACGAUGUUAUGGCCUGGCAACUUGCUUUUGAAGAAGUUCGUCGACUUCAUGUUCAACGUUUACAGCAGACUGGUGUGAUACCGACUAAUUUUUCAAUUCCAGCAAAUCAUUAUGUUUUAAAUUAUCCUGGUGAAUAUGAUGGGGAAUAUCCUCAUCAAGUGUACAUGGGACCUGAUGGUCGAACACACACAGUAGUGUUUGUAGAUCGAUCACGUUAUUAUCAUGGAGAUGCGGCACUGGGUGCGUUUACUGGUCUAGCAAUUGGAAGUCUCCUUUUCUGGCCCUUAUUCUGGCCAAUCUGGUGGUGUUAA